GGCUCGGCCGGAGAGCGGAGGGGGCGCGGGAGAGGAGCGGACGCUGCUGGCCAGUAUGGUGCUGGAGAGCGUGGCCCGCAUCGUGAAGGUGCAGCUUCCCGCCUAUCUUAAGCGGCUACCAGUCCCCGAGAGCAUUACCGGGUUCGCGCGGCUCACAGUUUCAGAAUGGCUUCGGUUAUUGCCUUUCCUUGGUGUACUUGCACUACUUGGCUACCUUGCAGUUCGUCCAUUCCUCCCGAAGAAAAAGCAACAGAAGGAUAGCUUGAUUAAUCUUAAAAUACAAAAGGAAAAUCCAAAAGUGGUGAAUGAAAUAAACAUUGAAGAUCUGUGUCUUACUAAAGCAGCUUAUUGUAGGUGUUGGCGUUCUAAGACGUUUCCUGCUUGUGAUGGCUCACAUAAUAAACACAAUGAAUUGACAGGAGAUAAUGUGGGUCCGCUAAUACUGAAGAAGAAAGAAGUAUAAUAGUAAUGAAUUAGGAUUGAAUUCAAUCGUGUGUUGUAAAAUCUUAUAACAGUAUUUUCUCAUUCUUUGUGUAUAGAAAAUCUUUGAAAUGGUGGUCUUAAUUAUUGCUACUAGUUGAAUAAUUAUUUCUUUUUUUUUUUUGUCCUUUUUGAGACCGGCCGCACCGUGCUCAGCCAGUGAGCGCUGUGAG